ACAAACCUUCUCUUCCAGAUAAUAGAAGCUGGUCCGCCGAGCAGAAUUUCGGCUGGUGUGCUGCAUGGUCGAUGUCGCAAACGGCCAACGCCAUCGAAUUCGAUUAUUUUCAAGGACCAUUUGAAGAACUUAGUUUAUAAUACAACCCUUCAAGACCAUCAAAAUAUGAUGAAGAAACGAGGCUUGACGUUGAACGCCCAUCAAACUCUCGUGGUCCGGUUGCGGUAUAUCGCCGAGUACGUUAUUCGCAGUCUGAACGAGUUCGGUUGGGCGGUAGUAGACAAUUUCUUGGGUGAUGAACAUUGCCGUUUUACCUACAAGUGA